AUGUCAGAAAUAGAAAAUGCUCGUAUGUACGCUAAUUGGAGUGAAAAUCGAGAAGAUAGAGUACUAAUUUUACCUAGCUAUAUUAAAAGCAUCAGAUUUAUCAGAAGAGAUCCAAACUAAAGUAUUUGAAUUAGCUUCACAGGCUGUUUCAAAUUAUUCAAUUGAAAAAGAAAUUGCAGCAUUUUUGAAAAAAGAAUUAGAUAAUGUUUAUGGUCCUUGUUGGCAUGUUAUUGUUGGUAAAUCAUUUGGUAGUUAUGUAACUCAUGAACAAGGUUAUUUUAUAUAUUUUUAUAUUGGAGAUUUAGCAUUUUUGAUUUUUAAGAGUGGAUAA